AUGACGGACACCAGUGAGCCCAGGCCACCGACGUCGGCCUAUGAAAGUCCAACAUUCGGCGAAGAUAGUUCAUUUCAUGUGGAGCAACCUGUUGGGUCUAUGUCCAUAUCGCCAUGUGGACGGGAUGUGGUGCUAGCUUCCAAGGAGGGUCUGCACGUUAUUGAUCUGGACUCGCCUUACUCCCCGCCCCGGUACCUGCCCCAUCACACACCGUGGGAGGUCGCGGAUGUCCAAUGGUCGCCAUUCGCCGCCCGAGACUACUGGGUCGUCAGUACAUCGAAUCAGAAAGCACUGGUCUGGAACUUGGGGAUGAAGACUUCGGAGAGUUCAAUUGAGCAUGUACUGCACGCCCACACGCGGGCGAUUACCGACAUCAACUUCUCGGCGCAUCAUCCGGACAUGUUGGCCACCUGUGCUGUUGAUAGUUUUGUUCACUGCUGGGAUCUGCGCAUCACCUCCAGGCCCGCCAUAUCAUUCUCCGACUGGUUUGCUGGCGCAACACAGGUCAAGUGGAAUCGACAGGACCCUAAUGUGAUUGCGAGCUCGCAUGACAAGUUUCUACGGAUCUGGGACAAACGCAUGGGCGCGUACCCGAUCACAUCUAUCCAAGCACAUGACACGAAGAUUUACGGCCUCGAUUGGAAUAGAGUACGGCCCGGGGCUCUCACGACUUGCUCCCUCGAUCGGACGAUCAAGUUCUGGGAUUACACAGUCAAUACCGAGGUUCCCGAGAAGCUCAUCCGGGCACCGUUCCCCGUGUGGCGCGCACGAAACACCCCAUUCGGUUGGGGUGUCUUAGCCAUGCCGCAGAGAGGUAACAGUGAUCUUCACUUGUACAGUCGGAGACUCGGAGAGGGUGCCAACCCCGGCGAGGAUCUUCCGUUGGUUCACAGCUUCCCGGGGCAUAAAGGUCAAGUGAAGGAGUUCCUAUGGAGAGCUCGUGGGGGUAUAGCUGAUGGGAUUGAUCAUAGAGAUUUCCAGCUCGUCUCAUGGGGCACCGAUCGAGAACUCCGAUUGCAUAGGGUUGACCCAGAUAUCUUACAACGAGUGGGCUAUGAGAAAGGAAAGUCGUUUAUCUCUAACUUUAACAUUACCCGUAAAGGGUCCCUCUCGCCGAAGACCCAACAAAGCGCGACGCCACAAACCUCCCGCAAUAAGGGGCUGAAUACUAUCUCUAUCCCAUAUGCGCGCGGCUGGACCCAAGGUGGAGGCAACCCGGACUCCAGGAUAGGCAUGCAGGGGCGGACGAACGUUCGAGCCGAUACCAACCCUAUCGCGUGGAUGCGCGGCGUGAAGAUUUCUGGCUGGGACAUCGAAACACUGGGUGAUGAGAUCACUCAUGUUGGGGAGAAGUUCACCAAGGUAUCUUUUGAGUCCGUUGAUGUCAGGCAAAGGAAAGCGAUGAUUUCCCUCAACGGCCCGUGGGGUGCUGAUGGCGACUCUCUUUUCUUGAAAGUUGAUAUCAAGUUUCCAAGUGAUUACCCCCGGGCUUCCAUUCCUAUAUUCAACGUACAGAAGACUGCCGCAGUUACCGAUGAGCUUGCCGACAACCUCGUGGCAGAAACCCGGAAGAUAGCAGAUACCUACUUGGCUCACAAGCGAGGCUGCUUGGAAGGGGUACUUCGUUAUUUACUGGGCGAAAGCACACUUGAGGAAAGUAUGGCAUGGAUCUCUGGAGAAACAGCGGAGACUGUCAAGUCCCCAAUCAAUGGCCAGCUCGAGGGAGAGGAGUCAAGCGACGAGGACGAAGUUGGGCUAUCCCAAAGCCAAGACUUAGGCAUGAGCUCGGAACUACUUCGUCCAGUCAAUGCCAACGUUAUGGUGCCUGUGGCUAAGGGAUGUGGUGCGUUGUGGGCAAAUGACGGCCGUUUGGUAUGCUUUUUUCCCUCCAAAAAUGAUAAAUCGGCAGAAUGGAUGGAAAACCUAGGCCUGAGAGAGAUGUCUAGGCUCUCGAGAGCCGAUAAAGUUUUUGAAGGGUUUGGCCGAUUGCAGACGAGCUCGCCUGGUCCGCGGCCUUCUGCUACGAUUGCCAGCACUGAUGAUGGCGCAUCAGAGUAUUCCGAUGACUCGGACGCGGAGAGUUCAAGCUCUUCCGGGUCCUCAGGUAUCUUAUCAGGGUUGCAGCACCGAUUCCCGACUCCUCAAACAUGGAGGAGUGGUGGCAGCCUGGGGAUUUAUAGGCCACGCUCUACAGAUAAUUCCCAGAGGUCAACAGCGGGAGCAAUGACCACGAAAUCGUCUGAUCCACCUCAGAACGUGAUAUCGAUCCACGACUUCAGUGAUAUGCUACCAGCGAAACGCGAAUUGGCUGUCGGAUAUCGUAUCUGUGGCAAAGCCACGGAUGUGUGUGCCCAUAAUUCUGCCGUCGCUCUCGAUCACGGGUACCACGAGCUAGCUCGAAUCUGGGGCCUCCUAAGGCUCAUUCUUCAUAACCGGAAAUCAUCGAUGCCUGCCUCUAGUCUAGACCAACUAGGAAGGCCUCGGCGCAUUCAGCGAAAAGACAGUGCUAUUGAUCUUACUUAUGACGCCAAGAGCCAUAAUAGGAGCUCGAAGGGGUCCCAAGCCUCGUCAAUAAGAUGGGGGGAUCACCCUUUUGGUAGUCACUGGCUCAUCCCAUCUCUAUUUGAUCACUUCGAACGAAUUGGCGAUGUCCAGAUGAUCGCGAUGCUGUCAUGUGUCCUGCACGAACCAAACACUGAAGAGAUAUCGGCGAAGGAGAAGGUUCAUCACAGUAGGAGUGUCUCUAAGCGCAUGGAAGAACAUUCAUUCUCGUUCGACUUUUACCCUCCGCAUACAGUGAUACAAAACAAAUCACAUACUGCGACUCCCCUUGCCACCACACCAAAAGACAGCCAUACAACUCCCAUCACACACAGUUCCGGACGCUCAUCCUCCGAGAUCUGGCGUGUUGACUCCACUCCUCCCUUUUCUACGGGAACAACUCCCCCGCUGAACUCUCGAGUUGCGGCCCUACCGGCAGACCGGAAAACCUGGAGCCAAAAUGUAUCCAUAGCAGCCUCGCCCGAUCAGCAGUCUCAGCCUCGAAGUGCAUCGGGGCUUGGUUCUGUUCUUGCCUCUUCCCUUUCCCGGUCUUUCACCUUUGGGCCCUCUUCGGCGUCCCCUCCUGCGACUGCAUUGUCGAAGAAGAAGCAAAGUCCAAGUGGCAGCCUACAUACGACCGGUGGAUCCGGUAUGUGGGUUACCAGUGCUCUUGCGGCCAAGCCUGCUUCGGCGGUUCCGGACUAUCUGACUACCUCUACCGCGCUUACUUCACAAACCCAUUCCGACACGGAAAGUGAGCGACCGUCGCCUGCGAAACCCCGGGCGAAACUGCAAACAACAUUCAAGAAUCAAAAUGCCUUUGACAGCGGUAGCUCACAGAACACGUUUCUUGACCCAAAGAAAGAAGGUCUAUACCAUUCAUAUCGAGCAGCAUACGCCCACCUCCUUUCAAUCUGGGCAUUGCCCGUACAACGCAGUGAGGUUCUCAAAAUUGGCGGCAUGGCUAGUCCUCUCAAGGAUCUGCAUGUUCCUCGCCAAAAUGCCAAUGGUCACCAUGAUUCAUUCUCUUUCCCAAUCUCAAAACAUCGGGGCGCGACCACGGUGCCUAUUGAUGAGGAGAAUCGAGGCCUGGACAUUCAACGCCACUGCAAUAAGUGUGGACAGGCGCUUCAACAUUCGAUCUUCGCCACAAAGGCUGCCGUUGAAGCGUUGACUUCCAAGAGUCACAUGAAGGGGACUGCGACAUCCACCGUCACGUGCCCCAACUGCAAACCAAAACAGUCACUUGCUCUGAAGUUGCCGUGUGUUAUAUGCGGCGAGGUGGUGGACGGAAUGCUUAUUCCUUGUCUCGGCUGCGGUCAUGUCAGCUGCUUUGAUUGCCAUCGAGGCUGGUUCUCCAUGGCUUCCGCAGACACUCAUCCUGAUGAUCACGCCGAGGAAGACGAAUACCGAUACUGUCCGAGCGGCUGCGGGUGUAAAUGCUCUGAUUUCAUUGACAAAGAUCCCGCCUCACCCUGGGACGUAACCACAGACCCAACGAGUCCACAAGAGCGGGAGAGCACCCACCAUCGGCAUCGAAGUAAAAAGUCUGAUGGGGCAGUCUCCACGAAAAAUUCCGGUGAACAGGCCACGGCACCUAAUAGUGCUCAACAUGGAGAAGACGCCGAUCGAUCGCAGAGCGUCUCGCCUUUUGCAUCCCUUGCGAAAGGCCUGGGUGGAGGAUUGAGCAGAGGGCUGCGACUACGGGACGACAAAAGAAGAUCGAAGCUGUCGUCGACUUCGUUUGUCCCCAAGAAGUCUUCGAUGAAUCAGGUUGUUGAGAAUAGAUGA